CCGGUUACCGUACGACUCAAAGCGAAGUUUGCCGCUUGCUAAGGAAACAGCUCAAAUAAGUCGUUAUCGGCUGGGAAUAUAUAGCUUUUAGCUGACAAAAAAGCUUAUUUACAGACACCGGUCGGGGUUUGGAAGCACGCUCUGGAGAAUUUAACGAUGGGGUACCUUCUUAUACUAUUUUUCCUCAGCAACGCAUUUAUUUCUGUGUGUCGUGCUUGCUCGUGUUUGCCGAGUCAUCCUCAAAAUGAAUAUUGCAACUCUGCUUUCGGUGAGUAAUGAAUAUUUUGUGUCAUUAGGAGGGUUACAUGUCGUAUGCAAAAGCCUGCAUGAAAAAUCUUUUGAAAACGUCAGCAAAUUUUUGCAGAAGCACGCUGAUAAAAUUCAACAUUUCGGCCGUUUGACUUCUUCACUUGUUUCAAACUACGUAUUCAUGCAUCGUGAUUUUAUAGGAAGAAAACGUUGCUCUGUCCGCAGUCGGCUACCUUUCAAGACGAAAUCCAAGAUGAAAGUAAAGAUGAAUGAACGGCUUUGUUGAAAUGAAAUGGAAAGAUGUCAGUGAAGUCACUUACGGGUGUUUAUUACUUUCAAGAUUCACAAUACAUUUGAUUGCGUGCAAAAUAACAUUACACGUUUGUCAUUUCUUUUCUGUGCAAAACAUAGCAGAGCGGUUUAUAAGGUAUUAGCUAUGAGGUAAUAAUCAGGUUAAAAAACGAGUGGACCUUCUUUAAGAGAUUUUAAUACCUCUAUUAUCGCUAAUACCAUUGACGAGGAAAUUAAAGAAUUCAGGUGGUCGGUUACGUUUUCUUCCGGUGUUGAUUCCGUCGGUCUCGUUGAUUCGCUAUCAUAUUUGAUAUUGAAUCUCAACUCGACUUUUUCUCUCUCUCUCUCUCUCAGACUAUAAUAAAUAAGAGUUUUACGAACGGAAAAUUGUCACUUCGGAGGUAUCUCUGAAAAAAUUCACCCAGGGCAUGACAUAGAGAUAAAUCCCAAGAUAAGUUUUGACAAACCCAAAAUAUUUGUCAUGGAUACACGAGCGGCGAAGGUUAAACUCGUUAAUCUGAACAUUUUUGUUUUUACGACGAAACCGCAACGUUGGCAACGACGAAAUCUUCUCACUAAGAACAGCUUGAACACAGUCCCAGACGGCAGACAAAACAAACAGAAAUAUUCACGGCCAAGGUUUUUUUUUUUUGAAAAAGGACCUUCUGCCCUGAUUCACCGAGAGCUACUUAACGCAACACAGGAAACUCACGCAGGUUUUGGGUUGUUGAAAAAAAACAAAUCACGAAUCUUUGAAAUGUUUUUAAAGAAUUGAGGAAAAUUUUAUUCAGGAUAGCUCUAAACGAAUGACGAUUGCGAAGGAGAAAAUUUUAUAGAGGAUGAAUAAUGACAAAUAUUUCUAUUUAAACAUCAAAGUUUUUUUUUUUAGUCACGCAAAAAUUCGCAUGUCACGUUAGCCUGUAAAACCCGUGGCUAGUGAGUUUUAUAUUGAAACAGGCGAGCCAGGAAAAAAAAAAGCGUGUUUACAAAAAAGAUGAAAAAGCCGGUAACGAUCCGUGCUGUGAGACUGAUCAAGCGCCAAAUCCUUCCCUUUUCCUCUGGGUAUUGUGUAAUCUAAUUUGAACCUUCUAUUAAGUCAGAUGUCGCGUCGUUGAUGAUAGGAACUGUGAAAAAAAAAAGCUCUCACACUUCGACACAGGAAAGGAAAUGAUUGAUAAAGAGAAGUAGAACUCUUUUUGAAAUCGCUCUUUUAGUUUUUUGAACCCAAAUGCAGACAGUUUUCUCUGGAUUCAUUAUCCAACAUACAGCGUACUUUUCCAUACAGUAUGUCAGAGGGUGGCCAAUUAAUUCAAUUGAAAAAGUGUUUCACCUUAGCCCGUUCGUGUUUCGCGUAUCUUGUGUUUUCAAAUUCCGUAAUCUCCAUUCAAGAUCGGAUCGUGCAAUCUACUAAUAAAUUGGAUUUACAUUGUAAAGUAUGGCUACUAAAGCACUAAACUCCUUGAUGCAAAUUAAAAACUGACACAAGGGUGGCUGUAAGGUGUUUUAAACAUUACAUAAUGGCCGUAGACUAUCCAUGUUUCAAGACAAUUCACCUUUCUUCUACGUUUAUCAAAUAUCUUCGGUCACAGUUAAAAGACUAAACCUUACCAAAGGAAUUAAACAAAACAAACACUAAAAUCGUUUUCGACGAAAGAAAUUCAUACCACUUGGAAGACAAGAGGGCUCAAUUUUCAAGCUAGGAAUUAAUAACCGUUUUCUUCGCUAAUAACCUCUCGCUUAUGAGUUGGCACUGCACUAGUUGCGAAGGAUUAAAACUUAAUACUAUUCCUGAGACUUAAUCCCCAAUAUUAAAGUUAGCAUUAUAUCUGGUAUAGUUCAAGACGAGCUAUUGUGAUUCACGUUGGUUUGUGUCACCUGCUGCUAAGAGAAAGUUCUGCUCUAUUUUUCAUCACAAUGUCAAAUCUCAUUUAAUUGCAUCAGUGAAGUUUUCUCAAAUACGGUAACUGCAUAUCAGCUUGAAAAGUAUUGAUAAGUCUUAAAUUCUGGCUUAAGUGUAAUGUCUAACAAUCUUUGACAAAAUGCUCAGAGUCGGCAGAUUCUCGGACUUUUUUUAGAGGUUCAUUUUAGUUUGUCUCACGACGUUUUAUUCAAUAGAUUGACCUUUCAGAAAGAGUUAUGCGCAUGUGACGAUGAUGUGCUUAAGCAUGCGUUGUUCACGAAAAGAGUCCAUUCGGGGGUUUACAUUUAGGUGUAUGACCAUCUUCAAAUCCUUCAGCAUUCUAGACUGUUAACAUGCACAAAGCGGUUUGAACUCUGUGGUUUAGGAUUUGAUAUCAAAAGCUGCUCAGGAGGUGCAUUUCCAAAUGGUGCUGUUUGUUAUGUUCUGCAUGGUAGUUCUAACCUUCUGCAACAUUCACUUGGAAGCUUCUGAGCAGUGAUUCGAUAUGACUGUGUGUUGUGCUGUUCAACUGCAGUAGCUCUAGCUUAUGGCGUCUGUAAACUGUGGAACCCUGGUGUUUAGGUGAAAGCAACUAAACAGUACUCUCAUUGUUUUUGGUUCUGUGACUGUGUGUUGUGCUGUUCAACUGAAGUAGCUCUAGCUUACAGCGUCUGUAAACUGUGUUCUCAUUGUUUUUGGUGAUGUGACUGUGUUGUGCUAUUCAACUGAAGUAGCACUAGCUUAUAGCGUCUGUAAACUGUAGAACUCUGGAGUUUAAGUAAAAGCAACUAAACAGUGCUCUCAUUGUUUUUCGUGCGAUUAAAAGGGAUUUUAACUUUUUUAGUUUGUGUUUGGAACCUAGUGUAAAUACUGAGCUCUUCUUUCAAGUAAAACUGUUUAUUACGUUGCACAAAGUGUUCUCACUUUUCAUUUUGUGGGUGAAACCCAGAGUGUGACCAUUUGAAUCAAAGUUAGUGGGUAGCACUAUCAUGUGGAGAAAGUUAUAAUGUAGAGUAAGGCAGUUAUAAAGAUAUAGAUUAGAUAUGUAAUAUGUAAAACAAUGAAAGUUUGAACCGACCAUGAAGCAAGCAACCACUGCAUGUGAUCAUUUAUGACUAGCUGUCGUUUCCAUAUGGACAUUCAACUGCGCAAAAAUUUUUAAGGGUGCACAACACAUUGCGGGCAAUCAAAGGUCUUCAGCUUCAACGUUCCAUCACUUGCGGGUCAAGGUGAUGGGUUCUCGACCUUGCCCCCGAGGGCUUUCCUCUAGGUUUUCCGCUUUUCCGUAUCCAACCAAAACCUGCAUGAAAAAUACAGUUGGGCCUGGAGGCAGGAGAUAAGGAGCCAUUUUGUGGCUGUGCCGUGGCUGAAAUACACUGAGUUGCUAUUUUUGUUUUGUUUCGACAGUUAUUCGAGCCAAAGUCCUUUCCGAGUCCACAGAGCAACCUCUUCAGACAGAACCACCAGAGACAGCCAUUGAGGAGAACAUCCCAGCAGAAUUCAUCCAAGAACAAGUGUACACUUUGAGGAUACUCAAGAUAUACAAAGGAGCUCGAGAAAUCAAUAAAACAGAGGGUGUGGAAGUGUACGGCUCACGGCGUCGAACUCUGCGUGCAAAGCUGUACACGCCGGCACGCGCGUCGUCGUGCCACGUGCCAUUGCGCAACCGCACCGUGUACCUUCUGACGGGGCAGAUACUCCACAAUAGGCUGCGGACUGGAGGUUGCAAAUGGAGGACGGAGUGGUCGCUAAUAACGCGCAAACAAAGAGCUGGAAUCAGACGUUUUUAUGGAGAGAACUGCAUGUGUCAAGUGGGGAUGUGUUUCGGUAGCAACUGCGAUAAAAUGCUCAGUGGCUGUGAAAAAGUCGAAUGGAAGGCACCAAUGAAAGAACAUUGUAAAAGUAAACACUCCUACUGCAUGAGGGACUGGAGCGGUGACGCAUGCGCCUGGCGGGUAUCGGAUGAGUAUAAAAGAUGCCUAAAGAAAAUACCAUGAUGCAUUGCAACCUGAGGACAAAUGUUCGUCAACUGGAAAAGGAAACUCAAACUAAUCAUAUUGCUUCAGUGUCUUCAAUAAGAGCAAUGGUUUCAGUUAACAUAAUUUACUGUUAAGCGUUCAGUUGACUUCCACAUCCCUGCCAUGCGUCGCGAUAGAACAGCAGUCGAGCAUUGCAAGUAGCACUUUGUCUGUACAUAAAAUUGUGUAUUUUUAAAUGGUUCACUUACGCUUUGUAUUCGCGUAUGAAACGUAUAUGCCAAGAAGAAGGUGAUUUCGCUGUUAAUUUACGUUAACAUAUCUCUUCAGCACAAAGAAAGUUCAGAAACUGCUAAAAAAUAGUACUUUGCUUCCAGUUGGUCAUCGUUGUCCAAAACUCGAUCCGUCGCAUCUCCUACUCGUUGGGUAAUUAGACCAGUGUUUGACAAAACAUCUUUUUCAUCGACGCGAUCCAGGAAAAUUGGGUUUAGCGCGUACAAGCACAACUAGAGGCAUGCAUUCAGAUAAUUGCGUAUUUCAAUUGAGUGUCGUGAACACAAAGAAAAAGAAAAAACAAGUAGCUACAAUGACCAAUCAGAUCAAAGGAAAUUUUUAUGGGAGCCAAUGAGAAAUCAAAGCUAAGUUUUCUGGACCAAUCACAAAGCGAAGAAAGCAAAACCAAUUGCAAUCCCACACUGCCUUCGGCGCUCAAUUGAAAAUUGCAUUUUAUUCUUUGUUUACCGAAUACAUGUUAAGAAUGAGUUCAUUUACGAACGCUUACUGUACGUCGUUUAAAAGACGAAUAAACGCUUUUUGUCAUGUAAAUUAGUCAAUAAAAAAGAUUUAGUAAAG